AUGAAGACCAGUUCACUCGUUUCGUCUCUAUUGUUGGCUCUCACUCCAGUUUUGGCUGAUCAAUUUCGAGUCAAAUUAUCCAUUGAAGAGACUGACUAUUAUUUUAAAGUUAACGAAGGUGACGACAAUAUUCAAUUAUAUGCUGAUGAAUUUGAUGUAUUUGAACUUACUGGUGAAAAUUAUUUACGUAUUUCUGGUGAUGCAGCUAAUGCAAUUUCAAGUACUGCUGAAGAUCCAUUUUUGAAGAAAAUUGAAAUUGGUGAUGCUCAUACACCAAAUACUUGGCUGUUGGACGACAAUGAUUUGAUGUAUGAUAGUCAAUUAUAUUACUGUGGUGAUGCUCCUCCAUUUCAUAUUAUUACUGAUGCUUCCACAUACCCAGGUAAUGAAGGUGGAGACAUCUGUACUGAAAUAGUUUCAUUUAACACUGUUCCAUAUCAAGAACCACCUCCAGAAAAUACAGUUGAUCCAGCUGAACGUAUGGAAGUCAAGGGUAAGUUGGGUGAAGACGAUGUUACUUUGAGUACUAAUGGAGAAUACGUUACUGUUGGAGGAGAAGACACUGCUUUGUUUACUAUUGACGAAGACGGGUACUUGAAAGUUGGUGAAGACAAAUGGGUUAAAGUUGACUCCGGUACAUUGGCUCUUGUUGACGCCAGGGAAGAAGGUACCGAUGGCUGGAGCUUAGUUGGAGACCAGUUGAAACUCGAUGAUGACUUUGUUGUAUACACUGCUUGUGAAGUUGAUGACGUCAAGAUUGUCCACGUUGAUGCGAGCGGCUGUGAUGAGGUUACUGAAAUUGUCAUUGAAAACUACGAAGAACCACCUCCAGAAAAUACAGUUGAUCCAGCUGAACCUAUGGAAGUCAAGGGUAAGUUGGGUGAAGACGAUGUUACUUUGAGUACUAAUGGAGAAUACGUUACUGUUGGAGGAGAAGACACUGCCUUGUUUACUAUUGACGAAGACGGGUACUUGAAAGUUGGUGAAGACAAAUGGGUUAAAGUUGACUCCGGUACAUUGGCUCUUGUUGACGCCAGGGAAGAAGGUACCGAUGGCUGGAGCUUAGUUGGAGACCAGUUGAAACUCGAUGAUGACUUUGUUGUAUACACUGCUUGUGAAGUUGAUGACGUCAAGAUUGUCCACGUUGAUGCGAGCGGCUGUGAUGAGAUUACCGAGAUUGUCAUUGAAAACUACGAAGAACCACCACCAGAGAACACAGUUGAUCCAGCUGAACCUAUGGAAGUCAAGGGUAAGUUGGGUGAAGACGAUGUUACUUUGAGUACUAAUGGAGAAUACGUUACUGUUGGAGGAGAAGACACUGCUUUGUUUACUAUUGACGAAGACGGGUACUUGAAAGUUGGUGAAGACAAAUGGGUUAAAGUUGACUCCGGUACAUUGGCUCUUGUUGACGCCAGGGAAGAAGGUACCGAUGGCUGGAGCUUAGUUGGAGACCAGUUGAAACUCGAUGAUGACUUUGUUGUAUACACUGCUUGUGAAGUUGAUGACGUCAAGAUUGUCCACGUUGAUGCGAGCGGCUGUGAUGAGAUUACCGAGAUUGUCAUUGAAAACUACGAAGAACCACCACCAGAGAACACAGUUGAUCCAGCUGAACCAAUGAAUGUAACCGUUAUCUUUAGUGAUGAAGAAAUUUAUUUCAGAACUGAUGGUAAUUUUAUUACCUUAAAUGAGGAAGAUGUUGUUGCUUCAUUUAUAAUUGAUGAAGAUGGUUACUUGAAAGUCGGUGAAGACAAAUGGGUUAAAGUUCUUCCAGCUGAGUUAUUAGAUGUUGCGCCAGAACAAGGUCAAUUGGUAUUAGUUAGUAACAGAGAAGAAAGUACACAAGGUUGGCGUUUGUUGAAUGAUUUAUUUAUUCUCGAUGAAGAUGAAGUUUUAUUUGCAACAUGUUUGGAUGAUGAUGGUAAUCAAAUUGUUUACGUCAACCAAGAAAUGUGUACUGCUUUAGAAUCAGUUCUUGUUCAGAAUAUUGAAGACGAAGAGGAUGAUCCAACUUCUACUGAAGACGAACCAACUGAGACUGGUGAUGAAUCAACCACCGAAGACGAACCAACCGAGACUGGUGAUGAAUCAACCACCGAAGACGAACCAACCGAGACUGGUGAUGAAUCAACCACCGAAGACGAACCAACCGAGACUGGUGAUGAAUCAACCACCGAAGACGAACCAACCGAGACUGGUGAUGAAUCAACCACCGAAGACGAACCAACCGAGACUGGUGAUGAAUCAACCACCGAAGACGAACCUACUGAAACUGGUGAUGAAACGUCUACUAUUGAAGAACCUACUGAUUCUGAUACAGAUACAGGUACAGCUACUAUUGCUCCAGGAUCUGAUAGUGAGACAUCUACUACUUCUAUUGCUGAAGAUCCAACUGAAAGUGAAACAGAGACAGGAACAGGUACUGUUGCUCCAGGAUCUGAUAGUGAAACAUCUACAAUUACUGCAACCACCACUGUCCCAAGUGUGAUUACUACUACAGAAUGUGAUAGUGAUAGCAGUUGCUCAGUCAUCACCACUACCAUAGAACCGGUAUUUACAACCAUUACUGAAACUGAUUGUGAUAGCCUGAGUAGUUGUUCAGUUGUUACAAGAACCGUCGAAGUUAUUUUGACUACUGUUACCGAUGAAGUUAUUGUUACUAUUACUGAUUGUGAUGAAGAAACUACUUGUGUUACUAAAGAAACCAUUUGUACAACAAUUUACACCACAUAUUGUCCAGUUCCUGUCACUACCACUGAAGUUGAAACUUGUAUUACUGAUUUGACAAUAACUAUUACUACAUGUGAUGAAGAAUCUAUAUGUGAAGAAUACACUACAGUGGUUGAAGACACUGAAGUUACUACAACAUUGACUACUUAUUAUGUUAUUACUAAGUUCAUUAGUGGAGUUGAACAAGUUGUUACUGUACCAGUGGUAGAAACAGAAGGUCCAGCUGGUCCAAGAGUAGGUCCAAGUGGGGAUAAACCAGAAGUUCCAGCAGUUCCAGCAGAUGCUGAGAAUAUUGCUAAUUCUGUCAAAUCUGCUUCUAUUGGUGCAAUUAUUACUGCUUUGGUAUUAUUGUUUCCUAUGAUGAUGAUGUGA